AUGGCCUCAGAGUUGCCCAAGUGGAAUGACGACAAGCCGGCGCCUUUGGUAAGUUGUCCCUGGAGUCUGCAGUCCUAAUUUCUGGCAGGACGCAUUAGCUCACCGAUCAUCCCUACCUUGUUGACACAGGCGUCGGAUGCGACCAAGGACCGCAUCUCUCCUCGCCAUUCGCACGACAUUGAGGAUCAAAAGCAGCAGCCCUAUUCGACAGAGUCUGCUUCUCACAAGAGCGAUCCCACAGCUCCGCACGACCUGGAAGCCAAAGCGCUCUACGACCGAGAGCAUGACUUGGAUGAGGACGAGAAGAAAAGCGACGGGCCCAUUGCACAGCUCAAGAUGCUGUUGCAUUCUAGAGGUGCCGUGAUCGUCCGAGACUUUGGUCUCAUUGCUCUUCUUGUAAGUUUGCAAAAGCAGCUGCAGGCACGAGCGAUGGGCAGUCGGACACAAGAGCUAAUGAGCUUGCGGUUCGGUGCAUUCAGCUGGGUUGGUGGAUCCCAUCCAUUAUCAACGAAAAAGUCAGGCAUCGAUGGAUUGUAGCUACCAUCUUUAGUUGGUUCUUCAUCCUUCUUAUCCUGAUGCACAAGUCGCGCUACAUUCCGCAAAGGCCAAUCGUUCGGGUCAUAUCUGCCGUCUGGACGACGGCCGCCGAGAAGCCCUGGUCCCGCAUUCCCUACAAGGGCAAGCUCGUCGUUGGCUGGCUGUCCUUGGCGGUGUUAGUGUUUGGCUCUACGUAUGGGCUGCCCAUCGAGCAGGGCAGCUCUCUGGGUCAACGGACCGUUUCGCUUGUCGGCUACUGCCUCAUCUACGCCAUCAUCUUUGCUUUUUCAUCCAAUUACGGUGCCGUUCAGGCCAGGACUACGAUUCUUGGAAUGGGUCUCCAAUUCAUCGUUGCUCUGUUCGUUUUCCGCACUGGAGCUGGUCUGUCCCUCUUCUCUUGGAUCGCCACUGCUGCGUCUGAUCUGCUUGCGCAAGGGGUCAAUGGAGGAGCUGCAUUCGUGAGUCGCCUUUGAGAACGUGGAACACGCAUGUUUCCGCCCUAACAACCCACUUUCCAAAUGUUGGUGUCUUGUCGCCCAGUUCUGGAGAGACUUCGUCGAGAAAGGCUACUUCUUCACAAAUGUGCUGUCCUCGAUCGCAUUCUUCGUUGCCUUGUGCAUUGUGCUAUUCUACAUUGGCGUCCUUCCAUGGCUUAUCAAGAAGGCUGCUUGGGUGAGUCUGGAGCUGAACGUUCCGCAAACAGGAAACGAAUCUCUUCUCAUCCUGAUCUGGCUCGUUACCUCGUGCCCGCGCAGUUCUUCUACAAGGUCUUCGGCAUCAGCGGUGCUGAAGCAAUCGUCGCAGUCGCAUCGCCAUUCAUUGGUCAAGGAGAGAAUGUCGUUUUGACUCGGCCAUUCGUCAAGACCUUCACUCGAUCCGAGUUCCACCAAGUGCUGGUUUCCGGUUUCGCGACCAUUGCUGGAUCAGUGCUGGCAGCGUACAUCUCUAUCGGCGUCAAUGGCACGGUUUUGGUGACUUCCAGUGUCAUGUCGAUCCCAGCAGCUAUCGCGGCCUCCAAGUUGCGCUACCCCGAGACGCAGCACUCGUACACGGCCGGCAAGAUUCAAGUCUCUGCCCAGGAAGAUGAAGUGGACCGCGCCAACGAUGUCUUCCACUCCCUCUCCAAAGGCGCCUGGUUCGGUGUGCGCGUCGCUGCGCUCAUCUUUGCAAACGUGUUGGCCAUCGUCAGUCUGCUCUACACCAUCAACGGUUUGCUGACCUACAUCGGUCGCAGCUGGUACAUCCCUGACGACAACCCACUCAAGCUUGAACUCAUCUUUGGCUACCUGCUCUGGCCGCUGACAUUCUUGUUGGGUGUCCCUGGUCACGAGACGCUUGCAGUCUCCAAGCUCAUUGCAGUCAAGAUUAUUGCGAACGAGGUGAGCACGUCGUGUCAGUGCCUUGUCUGAUUGCUCCACUUGCUGACCCAGCACUCUCCUCCGCCUCUCCAGUUCGUCGCGUACGACACUCUUCAGAACAUCGUCAUGCCAAACCCAGAGACGCGAUUGAGCCCCAGAGCCUACCUGAUUGCCCAGUUCGCUCUCUGUGGAUUCGGCAAUAUUGGCUCUCUUGGUAUCAACGUCGGCAUCUUGUCUGCCAUUGCGCCCACUCGGUCAGCCACCAUCGUCAAGUUGUGCCCCAGCGCUUUGUUCACUGGUAUCCUCGUCACCUUGAGCUCCGCCGCUGUGGCAGGCAUUGUGGGCAUCCCUGCAGAGUAUGUUCCAGUCGCUCCAGCUGCUGCUGCAUGA